AACCUGGAUUUGAGUGUCACCAGGGAUGGGACACCACAGCUUCUCUGGGCAGCUGUGCCAGUACCUCACUGCUCUCUGAGUAAAGAACUUCCUCCUCACAUCUCACCUCAAUCUCCCCACUUUGUGACUGUGACUAGUGCUGAAAUACCUCUUUGAAACAUGUGAGUGGAUGGUAGAAUUUCCCAGCUGGUGCCGUCAUGGUCUAAUGCACUGAGUGUUUGGUUGGAGGUUUCAGAUGACAAAAAACUACAGGAUAAGAAUGUAAUUUGUAGCAGUCAGUGUGACUUUAUGGAACUUGACUUUGUUAGGCAAACAUGGCGGCACUUUAUAUAUAUAUAUAUAUUGCCUGGCUAAUCUUACACGUCAUUUGACUAAAUAUCCCCAAACACCUUCUUUCCCCUCUAAUUCUUUACACUGAGCUGCUUCUCUCACAGGUGGGAGCUACCAGUCCCAGCAGCGCCCCAGCACACAGCUGGCAUAAAGCAGCCCCUCAUAACCCAAUUAAGGAGCAAUGAGGAGCAGCAGCAGCUUGGCCUCCUUUGAAUAGGCUGAGUUUUCUGACAGGAGAACACCUGCAGCUCUUCUCAGCUUUAAAGAACUGUGAAAAAUCAGUGAGAGCACAGAAAAGAAAAAAAGUAAGUGUUCCCUUGGAAAGAUGAUCUUACCAUGACAGGUUUUAAUCUUUCUCCCAUAGCCCAGAAAGCACAGUUGGCUUUAGUUUGGAAUCUAAAUCUACAGAAAGAAGCCCUGGGCUCUAUGAAGCCCAUGUUAGGAACAGGAAGGCGAAAUCUGAGCAGUUUCCUGGGAAGUGCUGAAGUGAUUGUCAUCUCCAUGGUUCUGGAUGAUGGAGGAAGGGAUAGGAGGCAGCAGUUGGGCUGCUAGGAGGUUUAAAGACCAGCAUUCCUACAAUCAUGUUCCCUGAUGUACUACACUGAAGGCCACAGGCAGGACAGAUGGAUGGGCAGACCAACAUGGAGUGCAAAGUUGUAAUGAAUGGCUGAGAAGACUUUGAGGUAAGGAGCAGAUGAGAAUGGUCUGGGAGGGGAGGAGAGGGCUGAGCAGUGCUGUGGAGUUACUGGGAUGCAAUGAGCAAACAGCCACAUGGGCAGGGAAACUCCCCAGGUUGAGUGUUAGACCUCGCUUUGCUUGCUCCGUCAUCACAUACAAAUCACUCUUGGCAGCCACUCAGCCCAGCUGCUGCUUCAGUGGAAGAAAGUGUGUGACUAUGUACUUUCACACCCGCACCUUUACUGUCUGCACAGGGUUUCCAAAUAGCUUUCUAGCCAGCAUUAAAUCCUGCCCUAAGCUCCCCAGGCAGCAUUACCUGACUAUUUGAGGUAAAACCCUGCUGCUUCAUUUCAGUUGCAGUACAUUAGGGACACUAAACUGUCUUCGCUGCCCUGCGCAGCCUCACCUGCCCCCAUACCUUCUGUGCCCAUCGAAGGCUUUGGUGCCUGGUCUCUGAGCUGCUUUAGAUGUGUCCCUGUUUCCAGCCUGCCUUGUGGCCUUGUCUCUAGACCCUUCUGCUCCAGGCUGGGCUCCCUGGAUGGACCCAUGUCCCAGUUCAUCCCCUGACUGUCUGAGGUUGCUGAUGGACCCUGUUUCCAACCCAGCUUCGCUGGAUCGCUGAGAGCCUAUGGAACUGUGCCCUGUUGGCCACUGAAGAAUAUUCCCUCUCCACCUGUAGCUGGCCUUCAGAAAUGGAGAAGAAAGAUUGCUGAAGAAAAUGGUACGGAUAUGAAGCUUCUGUUUUCAUAUGUGAGCAGUCAGUGUGAUCUCACUGCCACCAGGCAGGGCCAAGCCAUCUGAGGCAGGUCCAGUGUCAAGAGCCAAGUGGUCACAGCAACUGUAUGUGCAGUGAUCAUUAACUACAUGUAGUGACCUGCUACGUGAACAUGUUUGGGUUAGAGAAAUACAGCAGUCAACUACUAUGUUCUUAGCAAUCGCAGUGUGAAGAGAGGAGCUCCAGUGGUUGCAGAGCAAUGGACUGUAACUUCAUUUCUGAUGGGGAGGCUGAAUUUGCUCUGCAGUUUAAAUAUGCAGCAGCAUAUCAAUGAGAAUUCCUGUUCCUUGCUCUUAGAAGACCAGUGGUGAAGAAAAACAAUUUGCCCUUUAGUUCAACUUGAGCUUAAACUGUAACCCUGGAGGGACGGUGCUGUCGGGUGACCCUGCUCCACUCCCACUUAAUUUCCCCACUCCCACCCUAAGAUGAGCACUGAUACACUUAGUAGUGCAGACUGGGGCAGCAUGUUAGUUAAACAUGGAUGACCAGGAAUGCUGCUGAGAUGAGCAAAGAUCUCCUAAGGCCACAGCAUGCCAUUCUUUGCCUCAUAAGCCUGAACCGGGGCAUUCAGCCACAACCAGAGAGGCCCUAGGAAGAGCUGCUUCAGCCCUGUCUCCACCUGCUGCUCUGCAGCCCUUUGUUCUCUGGCCCUCUGCGGCCUCGGGGCAGGUGCUCACCUGCAUCAGCAUCCCUGAAGAACAGUUGAGACCACAGGAUUGCUGUAGGAGGGGGGGCUCUGGGGAAACAAGGUAGAACCCCCCCACUCCCACAGCUCCUACUUUAACCAGCCCUGAUAUUGCCUCUUCCCUAAGCUUGCCCGGUUGUGGGGCAGGGCCCUUUGUCUGUCUUGUCUUUAAGCGCCAGCAAUCCUCAAGCUGGGUCUCUACUGGCCAUGGAAAAGAGUGGGCAGCUCCUGGCUGACCUGAAGUACCUGGAGCUGCUAGAUUUUUUUUGUUCCUGUCUCAUGGAGAAGGGACUUUCCUUUGAACCAUGUUUGUGUGACCCAAGCUGCACCAGCUCUGUUGCUGCAUCUCCCCAUUUGCUGCAUCAAAGCUUUUGCCCAGCAGCCGUGCAUUACACAACUCACAAAUGCUGCAUGUGGCACAUACUCUUCAUCAACUUUGACCUCUGAUGCCAGGUUCCUCCAACUAACUUCCAGCUGCUCAGAUGCAUGGUCCAUUCUUGUUUGGCAGUGACUCUGGCUGAACAAAGAGCCCAUGAUCUUGGCUAAGAGCACACAAAGAGUAGAAAUGCAAAUUAAAGACCCAUCUUUUCCAGGAGCUCCUUUCUGUUGGCGGUGGCAGCAGUACCUCUGGCCCUGCCAUGUACUGUAGGUCCCUCAUUGGGCUGUUGUAUUGAUCCCCAACCAACUGGUCUUCAUUCAGAGACACAUUUCUCAUCUCUUCUAGGUGCCCUCUCCUCUCCAUACUCCUUGCUCCCAGGUCAUGACUUGAGACAAGCCAUACUAAGAACGCAGCUGAUGCACAGCAACCAGGCUUUGGUGCUCACAGGCAUCCCCCACGUAGGGGGGCACCACUGCACUCCCGGAGGCUCAUUUUCUGUACAGCUGGGCAGGCUGGUGAUCAGCUCACAAAACACAGAGCACGUUACUGUGCCUGAGACACAGGCAGACCGUGGUGUCCCCACGCCAGAAACUAUCGUGCUCUUCCCACAGCCUUUUCCUAAUGCAGAUCUCCCCCUCAAAAACCACCACAGGAGGAAAAGACUCUUUAAAAAAAAAAACAAAGCCUUGUGCUGGAUCCGCUUGAAAUAGAUGUGCUGUGUGCACAUGGAAUGAUUUCUUUGGCUCUACCCCAAAUUGAGAGUUUCACUGUGAUUUUUGAAAGCCUUGCCAUGAGGUCUCAAAGUCCAAGGAAGUGGCUGUAUGAAAAGCCAUGGGAGGCUGAGUUCCAAGGACAGAGACCACUUCUCAAGCUCAUGUUGCUGCUCCUUGGUACAUAGCUGCUCUGAAUGAGCAAACUCUAUAGAAAAGAUGAAAUUUGAAGAUCUCUUACUGGAAGUCGGUGGCUUCGGCAGAUUCCAGAUUUUGAUUUUGUUAAUCCUCUGCCUCUCAAGAAUCAACCUUCCCAUGCAUUUCCUGCUGCACAACUUUCUUGCUGCUACCCCCUCUCACCACUGUGCAAUUCCACAUCAGGAAGCAUUUGUGAACCUCACCACAGAGGAAAUUCUGCUCAUCAGCAUCCCCCGAGAGCCCGAUGGCACCUUCAGGUCCUGUGAGAUGUUCUCACAGCCUCAGUUUCACCUACUGCUCAAUUCCUCUCUGCAACCAGACAACGACUCCGCCACCCAGGACUGCCAGCACGGGUGGGUCUACGACCACUCGCAGUUCACCUCCACCAUCUCCACUGAGUGGGACCUCGUGUGUGAGCAGCGUGGACUGAACCAGGCGACCGCGACCUUCUUCUUCAUCGGCGUCACAAUGGGGGCUGUGGUGUUUGGAUACCUUUCCGACAGGUUCGGCCGGAAAUCCAUCCUCCUGCUGUCAUUUGUGUGCUCAGUCAUAUUUGGGAUGUUGAGUGCCUGCUCCAUCUCCUACAGCAUGCUGGCUAUCACAAGAACCCUCACCGGGGUGGCCCUGAGCGGUGUGUCCCUGAUCAUAUUGCCUCUGGGGAUGGAGUGGGUGGACAUAGAGCACCGCACGUUCGCUGGGAUCCUGACCAGCAUCUUCUGGAGCGUAGGGAACAUGCUGCUGGCCUUGACAGCAUACCUGGUGAGGGAAUGGCACUGGCUCUUGGUUGCCGUGACGGGACCUUGUCUUCUGAGCAUCGUCUGCCUGUGGUGGGUCCCAGAGUCUGCCCGGUGGCUCAUAGCCAACGGCAAAGUGAAACAAGCUCACAAGCAUCUGCUUAAAUGUGCAAGAAUGAAUGGAAGGAAAGACUUCACUGUCUCACCAGAGGCUCUUAGAGGAAUGACUACAGAGAAAAAGCCAAGAGAGAGUUUCUCCUACAUCAGCUUGUUCAGAACACCAGUCCUGAGGAAGAUCUCUCUGUGUUCUGGGACAGUGUGGUUUGGUGUUGCCUUCUCUUAUUACGGCAUGAGUAUGAACCUAACUGGCUUUGGGCUCAACAUGUAUUUCUCCCAGUUUGUCUUUGGCAUCAUUGAGAUUCCAGCCAAGAUGAUCAUGUAUGUACUGGUGAAUCGAAUUGGACGGCGGCAGAGCCAGGCAUGGUCACUCAUCCUGACUGGACUAUGCAUAGGAGCUAACAUCAUCAUUCCUAAACCUUUCACUUCUCUACGCUCUGUGAUAGCCGUUAUGGCCAAAGGUUCCUCAGAAGCUGCGUUCACCACUGUCUUCUUGUACACCUCUGAACUCUACCCCACUGUCCUGAGGCAGAAUGGGAUGGGAUACACCUCCUUCAUGGCGCGCCUCGGUGGGUCUUUGGCCCCACUUGUGUUCCUGCUCGAUGAUGUGUGGAGGUCUCUGCCUGAGGUGACGUACUGUGGUGUAGCAGUGUUCUGUGGCUCAGUGGCCUUCCUGCUCCCGGAGACACUCAACGUGCGCCUGCCUGAGGGCAUCGAGGACAUUGAGAAGACACAAGUGAAAGGACCACUACAAACCAGUGCACCUGAGGGCACGCAAUUACAGUCUCUUCUGAAGUGAAGGACUCCAUGGAACAGCCAUAGACACUGUGAAGGACUGCAAAACUGAGCCGUACUCUGGCCUGCCAAUGGAUGAGCCUUCACUCUCCUCCUAGCCUCCCUCUGCAGGGAAGUGGGGCUGAGGACACAUGAGGAAGGAGGUGGAUCAUAAAACCAGCUGGAGGGAGCCAACCCUGCUCUGUAGUGUGGUCAGGAGCAAGAGUGCUCAGGUCUAACAGGGUCUGGAAAUAAAAGGACUCUAUGUUUGGCUCUUCCAGUCUUGUUGGACCAGCAGCACCUUUCAGAUCACUUCACAUCCUUCCAGAAGCUAUAGUCCACUGGUUGACAAACCACAAGAAAUGUAAAAGAGCAAUAAAGAACACUGAGUGUGAAUUGCACAAAAACAAAUCUUCUUAAAUAAAUCUAGCUGGAUGGGUGAACUGUAGCCACAAAUAUUUCUUGAAUGUGGAAGUGGUCUGGAGAUUUUCCACACUGAGCACUGAGACUCAAAGCUUGCAAAAAGUAAAUGCAGUGAUUUCACUGAGAAUGGGACAACUGUAAGCAUUUGUCCCAAAUACAAAAAGAGAUAUAUAUUUUGCAGAUUAUUUAAAUCUAGUGCAUAUUUGAUAAGUAUUUAUAUCUAUGUAGUUACAGGAACUUGUGAAUGUAAUAUUGACUAGUUCAGUAUUGGACUUCGUUCUGCUUACUGGUCUAACACAUCACUCUUAAAUUUUCGGAAUGCCUUGGCAUCUUGCACUUCUGCGAAUCACAGAGAUGAGGCACCAGCUAUCAAUAACCAUGGAAUCCUGAUUAAGAGUAAUACUCUAAACUAGGAGAGAGAAUGGGCUCAGCAUCGGAGUUCCAGACAGGGCGUGUUUUAAGGUAAGCCAUGCACAGGUCUACCAGGGCGGCACGAAGACGGCUCUGGAAACAGGUGGGGAAGCUCAUCAAAUCCUAGGUCCAAGAGCGCCUCCUAGGAGAAAUACGCUGCGUAGCAAAAUUUCGCUUGCCACAUUUUUGGUUUCAGCAAACAAAAGGAAAGCGAACUCCUCAGAAUCAGCCUGAGAUUGGAAAAAGAGCGAUUCCCUGUGCACCACUCCCUGUGAGGAGCUGCAGCCGCCACGAGGCCUCCCCUCAGCUCUGCUCUGGGCUGAGCAACUCAGGGGCCUCAGCCGCUUGACAGGGACCUUCUCAGGGCACUCCGCCAGCCACGGCAAGUAAGUGAUGGAGUGACCCCAAGGUGCUUUCACAGCAAGGGAGCAUGCAGUUUGACAAAAGCGUGCAUUUUUUGGUAGAGUUUGGAUUAUCUGCAGGACAGGGCUCUUGAUUUGCUGGAAACACGUUGUGACUGCUCUCCUUCCUGCCAGCUUUGCUAAGGGAUGCAAACUCCCCGGGCCCAGAACUGAAGUAAGACGGCUGUGCUUGUCCGCAGAGUGUGUGGGAGCAAGGGUUGCAAAAAACAAAUACACUUACUAAACUUUAGCCAUUCUCUUCGAUUCCCCCAGGCUCUUCCCGCCCCCUCCCUCAGCCCGGCACUCGGUGGCGAAGGGGGCCGCUUCCCGCCCUCCGC